AUGGUUUUGGAUGCAAUGGGACCAGAACUAUACAGGGCAUAUCAUGAAGAUAGCGGCGAAGAAGUUCCAAAUCCUAAUGCUGAAGAAUUUUUUAGAUUGUUGGAAGAAGUUGAUCGACCAUUGUGGCCAGGGUGCAAUAAACAGACUAAACUCUCUGCUACUUCUCAGCUAUUGAACUUGUUCGCCAAUUCAGGACGUCCAAUUGGCAGCCAAAGUUCAAAUCUUAAACUCCUCACAUCUGAGGAGCACAAGGCUGUGACAUUAUAUGUGCUUCUAAACUGUCAAGAAAUCGCCCCAUUUGUCACUGAGUUCGAUAAUUUUAUAAGAACGGAGCGACCUAGUAUAUCAGAACGAGAACUUGAUCACCUAAGAGAGAGUCAUUUUCCACGAUGGCUGAGAGAUUUUGUGUCUGAUGAUAAGAAUGAAAUAGAUAAUCGCGUAAGAGAUAUGGCAAUGGGUCCUUCUCGAAAUGUUAGAUCAUACAAUGGAUACUACGUAAAUGGUUAUAAAUUUCAUACUCAUUGUCAUGGUCUAACCAAAGCUACACAAAAUAGUGGUGUGUGUGUUUUGGGAAGUUGUUAUAAUGAGUUUGAAGUUGACUAUUACGGGGUUCUAACCGAAAUCUUGGAAUUGGAGUAUAUCGGGAGCAACAAUAGAGUAACAUUGUUCAAAUGUGAUUGGUUUGACAAUGAAAAGGGUGUCAAGGUACAUCCUAUUUUCAAUCUUGUUGAGAUCAACCAUAAAAAGAAGUUGCUCUCAACUGAUGUAUACGUACUAGCUCAACAAGCUCAGCAAGUGUACUAUACAAGCUUCCCGUCCGCUUCUAAAGAUAAACAAUAUGUGUGGGCUGUUGUCAAAACAAAAGCACGUCAUGUGAUUGAUGUACGAGGUGUCGUCCCCGAGAAUAAAGAUUUCAGUGUGGUAGAUGACCUUGCUUUUCAAGAAGAGUCGCCCAUAAAUAAUAUCCCGUUGGUGCCAAUAAGUCCAGAGUUGGACAAUGAAGAGAUUGUACAGGGAGGUGACUAUUUUGAAGAAGUAGAUAAAGUAGAAUUGGAGAAAGUAAACGAAGACGAUAUGGUUUCUGAAUCAGGUGAAAGUAGUGAGGAAUAUGAUAGUACUAAAAUUGCAGAAGGCUUUGAGUUUGGUUCUGCCUCUAGUGAAAGCGAUGGUUGA